UUGUUACUUCAUCUUAUUUCUAGGUUAGGAACUUGUUUAUGUGUUUUGUUAGGUGUAGCUUUUUAUACAGUACUUGAACGUAAGGUUUUAGGUUAUGUUCAGAUUCGUAAAGGUCCUAAUAAAGUAGGGAUUUGAGGAAUUAUUCAGCCUUUAGCUGAUGGGGUAAAAAUAUUUGUUAAAGAGGCAGUUAUACCAUUUAGUAGAAAUCGUUUUUUAUUUUGGUUAGCUCCCGGAUUGACUUUAACAUUAGCUUUAGUUUUAUGGCAUUUGUACCCUAGUUCUUUCUGUUUUAAAAAUGUUACAUGAGGAUUAUUAUUAUUUUUUUGUGUAACUGCUUUAAAUGUAUACGGGACUUUAAUGGCAGGAUGGUCAUCUAAUUCUAAGUAUGCAUUUUUAGGAGCUCUUCGAGCAGCUGCUCAGACUAUUUCUUAUGAAGUUAGUCUUUUGUUAAUUCUUCUUUUUUCAGCUUUAGUUCUGGUUUCUUUUUCUUGAGACAAAGCUGCUUUAAGUAGGUUUCCUGUUUGUUUUUUAUUAGUUCCUAUAAUAGUUGUAUGGUUUACUAGUACAGUUGCUGAGACUAAUCGUGCUCCUUUUGAUUUUGCCGAAGGUGAAUCCGAGCUAGUUUCUGGGUUCAAUGUUGAGUUUGGAGGAGGACUUUUUGCUUUACUUUUCUUAGGAGAAUCUUGUAAUAUUCUCUUUAUAUCUAUGGCAACUGUAGUUUGAUUUUUCAGUACUAGGUUUUUGACGCCUAUUAGUCUUGCUUUCGGAACUUUGGUUGUGGCUAUACUAUUCUUGUUUAUUCGAGGGGCUUAUCCACGAUUUCGAUAUGAUUUAUUAAUUGAAAAUCUUUCUUGCCUUUUUCUCUUUGUGCUUUAUCAAUGAUUUUAA